AUGAGCAAGACUCCGGAGGAGCCUGGAGACUGCGGGUGCUUUAACGAGGAGGAUGCGUGCAAGGAGAAGUACUUGGAAGCGUACAGGUGCUACAUAGAAAACAGAUCGAACGUAAAAGCGUGUUUAUCGCAGAUACAAGCAGUAAAGGCGUGCUACGCGAGAAAGCAGGAGAAGUCCUGGAUGCACAGACUCUGGGCAUUUAUUAUAUGA